UCCUGCCAAUCGCAAAGACUAUAGUUUCUAGGCGUAAUGGCCAAAGGCGUGACUCAGCUGGAAAAACGCCUCGAUGCCCUGUUGUUAUACAUCCAGCCCCAUUGGGAUUUCCUCAAUUGUCAUAUGGUUAACUACCUGACCGAUCAGCACUGGAGCCGAUUUAUUCCAGAGGCAAUGCGAAAGGAGAUCAAUAGCAAGAAAGACCUAGAACUGGCCAUCGAGAAUCUUUUCUGGCAAAAGAAGCGUUCCACCACUGAAUUUCCUGAAUGGGCACGUUUCUUAACGAAGGGAGAGCACGAACGUUUGUCUGAACAUCCAGAACUACUAACAACAGUGGACCAACUGAUAGAGGAGCAGGAAAAUGCGACCCAGCUCAACAUCAGGGAAUUCAUGAGUGCCAAAAAAUGUCAUGAGGUUGAGCUUGCAGCCGCUCUGGUCGACAAUCUGAUACAGAGCACUGGACAUCAGCAGGAUUUUUGCAUUGUGGACGCGGGAGAUGGCAAGGGGUAUCUGUCCUCGCGGAUGGCGCUCCAAUAUGGGCAUCGUGUGCUCGGCAUCGACGCCAACGCUGCCAACACGGAAAACGCCUUGAACCGUAAUCGGAAACUUCAGCGCGCAUGGAAUGGACUCACAGAACGCGCCGAGCUUCAGAGCCAAGGAAUCACACCCAAACGGCGAGGCAAAAAGUCUCCAACGAGGAAUACAGCGAAGAGUGUGCCCGUUCUGGAAAACUACAAAACGACUGCCAGAUUCAUAAGCACCGAAAUUGAUUUUGGUAAUUUGAUUGCCGAGCACUUCCCGACAGUUCCUUUGGCGGGCAAUUUAAGCAUUUGCCUGACGGGACUGCACACCUGUGGUAAUCUGGCUGCCACCUGCCUGCAGGUAUUCCAUGCCCAGCCCGACUGCCAAAUACUGUGCAACAUUGGCUGCUGCUACCACUUGCUGAAGGAGAGAUACUCGCAGCAGGAGUUCUUCGGGAAUAAGGCGUUGAUGGACAUGCAAACAGACUUUGGAUUUCCGCUUAGUCAAUAUCUCCAGAAGCGUCAGAUCCAAUUGGGCCGCAACGCGAGGAUGCUGGCCGCGCAGUCCAUUGAACGCACCUUGGAUGCCAAGGAACUUCCCAAUGUAACGCUCUAUUAUCGCGCGCUGCUGGAGGUUCUAGUUUGCCGGUACGCCCCGCACCUGAAGAACCAACUGCAGGUUGGAAAAGUGCGCAAGUUUGAAAACUUCCAGGAUUACAUACAAAAAUGUGCCAAGAAACUGGACGCCUCUUGGCUGGCAGCCAUCGAUGUUGCGGAGCUGCAGUCCCUUCUUCAGGAAUACGCCCUGGAUAAACACUUUUUGGACAUGUUCUACCUCAUACGCAUGUCAUUUGCUCCUUUAUUGGAGAGCCUUAUUCUGCUGGACCGCCUGCUUUACCUCAAGGAGCUGGGAUACAAUCACAGCUAUCUGAUUGAUCUGUUCGAUCCUGUUAUAUCGCCCCGACACUUUGCCAUUGUGGCUCUCAAGACAAGCCACUCUCAAGCCUGAUAAUGACAUUGACAUUGAUUAAUGCAUCAAAGUCGAUUACCGGCUUUGCGUGGCAUUCAAUUAAAAAGAAGCAUGCAAUAAUUUUUCCUUCCUCAACUCGCUUCACAUUUGUGAUGUAUUUGAAAUAUACAUUUUAAGUUAAUUGUGGAAACUUCCUAUUAGACUUCUCUUUUAAAUGUUCCCUUUUUACAUUUUUCUUAAUUUUGUUGUUGUACCCCCAUAUCUGGACUUAUUAUUAUUACUAUUAUCAAUCAAUUAAGAAACUUGGCCUAUCUAGCAAGUGAUACUAGCCAUUUGCACAGACAUACACACGUGUCUGUGUUUGUUUUUCAGCAAAUUUAUUUAUUUAUUUACAUAUGUACAUGAACUGUAAUCUGUAAUCGUACUGUGUACAUGUGUAAUCGCUAUCUCGCAAUCAUCUAUAAAUAUGGCAGCACAAUUCGAAUUCGCGUUAGUCUUAAUUGUCGGCGU